AUGAAUUUACCGCCAGAAAUAGAAACUGUUUAUGAAGCUAUUUAUUCUAUGCACCAAAAAUCAAAUCCUACUGAACAAAACCGGGCAUCAUUGUGGUUACAAGAACUUCAAAAAACGGUCUACGCAUGGAAAAUUUCAGACAGGAUACUCCAGGAGAAAAAAGAUCUAGACUCAUGUUUUUUCGCAGCUCAAACAAUGCGAGCGAAAAUCCAAUAUGAUUUUCAUGAAUUACCGGUUGAAGCUCAUGCUUCAUUACGUGACUCGUUAAUUGGACAUAUUUCUCAGAUUGAUGAACAUACCAAUCCAGCAAUUGUUAUUCAGCUAUGUCUAGCCCUCGCAGAUCUGGCUCUCCAAAUGCCAGCUUGGCAGAAACCAGUGAUAGACUUGAUAAAUCGUUUCGGUGGAAAUAAAUCAAGUCUAUGGCCUCUAUUAGAGCUGAUUAAAUUUCUUCCCGAAGAAACCAACACGCUGAGUCUUGGCGCUAACAGACGGGAUCAGGUCCUAGCAGACUUGUCCUCAUGCGCUGACACAGUGUCGGAGUUUCUAAAAAUGUCUCUAAAGUCAACAAGCAGCACCGAAAAUAUCCAAAUUCCAAUUAGAAUAAUAAAAUGUCUUACCAGUUGGAUAGCAGUCCACGCAGUUCCACUUGAAGCGAUACCUAACAGUGACAUAAUUGCGUACGCGUUUCAAGUGCUGGGUAAUCAUACUUCUAAUGACCAAUUACACGAAGCAGCUGCCGACUGCGUUUGCUCAAUACUCCAGUCUCUUCAACUCAAUAACAAUCACAAUGAUAUUGACAAUUAUCUUCACCACCAUCAUCAUCAUCAUCAUCACAACCACCAGAGUCCAGAGUCUGCGGAAAUUCAACGUCUUCAAUUGUGUCUGUUCACCAGUGUGAUUGACUUGGAACAACCGUACCACUUGUUGGUAGCUGAAGAAGAAACUGGCCAGCUGAUGAAUUAUUGUCGCAUUUUUACUGAAUUUGCAGAAACAUUUUUAGUCACAAUUAUCACUGGCUCGACAGCCGGGCAGCAGCAUUAUGCGAUCAAGAUUCUUGAUCUUGUUCUGAUGUGUGUAGGACAUCAUGAUUAUGAGGUGGCGCAGAUUACUUUCAAUCUUUGGUACCAGUUGUCGGAAGAAUUGUACCAGAGAAAUUCCGAGGAGUUGAAUAAUGUAUUCAAGCCUUACAUUGACAGGUUAAUCAGCGCUCUCUGCAAGCACUGUCAAAUGGAACCAGACUACCUAGGAAUUCUCGAGCAAGACACUUCCAGCGAAGACUUUUUCCUCUUCCGAAACCGAGUAUCCGAGCUGAUAAAAGACGUAGUCUUUAUCGUCGGGAGCAGUCACUGUUUCAAGGAGAUGUUCGCCCGAAUAAAUGGGGCUAACAGAGACGGAAUUCCAGUCUCGGCUCCAACUUGGGACAGCGUUGAAGCAGCGCUCUUUAUAAUGCAGGCAGUUGCUAAAAACAUUCUUCCAGAAGAAGAUCAAGUUGUGCCAGAAGUUGUCGAAGCUAUUUUAAAUGUGCACGAGAACACACACAUUGCAGUUAAGCACACGAGUAUUUUACUCCUUGGAGAACUUUGCGAGUGGAUAAAUAGUCACGCUCAUUCAUUGGAACCGAUACUUAAUUUUCUGCUGGUCUGUUUGAGUCAAAACGGACUUGCGAGUGUCGCUUCUGGAGCACUUCACAGUAUUUGCACGGCGUGUCCUGAACAUAUGGCGACGCAUUUUCCGGGAUUGUUGGAGAUUGCAAGGUGUCUUGAUGGAUAUCCGAUCAGCAAUGAAGCUGCUAUUGGCCUGCUGAAAGGGGUGUCGAUUAUUUUAGCGAGGUUGCAGAGGGAAGAAAUCACCAGGGCGAUGAAAGACUUGUGUUGGUUUCAAGCCAGGCCGCUUUGUGAAUUGUUGGAGAUCAAUGGACUUCCUGUUACUCGUGGGACCAAAACUGAUCCUGUUGUUUGGUUGGAUAGACUCAGCGCCAUUUUUAGGCUAAGCCGAAUGGCAAUAAUACAAAGUUUGGAUAUAAUUCAUGAGUAUACAAAUCCCAUCAUUGAAGUAAAUGACACUCAGCCACAUCCGUGCAGAGAUGUCGUUACUGAAAUAUGGCCAGUGCUGUCGAAGGUGUUCAACAAGUACGCGGCAGACUCGAGGAUUAUGGAGCGAUGCUGUCGAUGCGUCAGACACGCUGUUAGAUGUAUCAGGAAGAACGCGGUCCAUCUUCUGGAGGACAUUGUUAAAUUGAUAGUCGGGCUUUAUGCGACGCAUCAACACAGUUGUUUUCUGUACCUCGGGUCAAUAUUAGUCGAUGAGUACAGUACCGAUCACGAGUGUGCUGCAGGGCUGGUUCAGAUGCUUGAAGCUUUUAUCGGGCCUACUUUUACCUUAUUACAAGAACCUAAUGGGUUGAAAAAUCACCCGGAUACAGUUGAUGAUCUUUUUAGAUUGUGUUCAAGAUUUAUGCAGCGAGCGCCGAUUGCAUUUUUACACUCAGCUCCUAAAAAUAGUAUAAUGGAUUGCGCAAUAUCGGCUUGCAGUCUUGAUCAUAAAGAUGCAAAUGCUUCUGUUAUGAAAUUUUUAUAUGAAUUCCUUCAUUGUUCCCGAAAUAAUGAUGACCGGUCAGAUUUUACGAUAAGAAGAUCAUUGGUCCAGAGUGUGUUGGCAGAAAAGGGACAAACACUAGUAACGAAUCUUCUUCAUGCAGCUGAGUACAGACUCACCAAAAGCUGUGAUGAAUGCUGUGCGGUCGUUCGCACGAUUGUUCCGUUAACCAAUCAAUAA